ACACACACACACGCGAGUGAGAGAGCUCCCGUCGAGUGUCGCUGGGCCGGGGGAAAAAAUAUCCUAUCGAAAAAUCCGCUGUCGCCGGGCGAUCGGGCGCGUUUUCCUCGAUUUCGAUUGCGGUUCGGUGUCGGGUUCGGUUGCAUAUCGGCAUUUCGCAGUUUCCACGCGACCGGAGAGCACUGAACAUUGUCCAAAUCGGCUCUGGGGUUCGAUUUAUUUAGUCGGAUAAAUCGAGGCGCGUUGCAUUGUACUCUCUCCUUCGAAUAUUAUGACUACUUGUAGCCGAACGGUGUGCUUCUAUUAGAUUAUUAUUAUUUUAUUGUAAUAAUAAAUCGUAUGAAUAUUAUUUAAUCGAUCGUAUUAUUAAGUGGGUUUUUUUUGUUGUGCGUUUGUAUUAUUUUUUUAUUGUAUUUUGUGUAGAGGUGGAGUGCGUUCGAGCAUUCUGCACAAAGAAAGACAGCAAAAUUCGUGUCAAAAAUAGAGAACCUGUGCCCGUGUACGCUAUGGAAAUGGAGCCCCAAGAAAGGGAGAGCGAAAUCGGGGAGGAAAGUCCAGUCUCGCACAACGACGAGGAGAUGAGCGACGGCGACGGCGACGGCGGCCACUCCGGCGAACACGACGACCUCGACGGCUGCGACGACAUGAGGCGGCACGGCGGCCUCCUCGCCGAGCACGGCGACGUCCUGGCCAAGCUCAAGAUGCAAGUGCGAGACAUCAAGGACGAUUACGAAGGCGGCGGGCGGCCGUUGAACAUCAACUUCCCGGGUCGCAUGAUGCCAGCCAGCAACGGGAACGGCCCCGACGGUUUCCAGCUGCCGAUGCCGUUCCCGUUUUCGCAUCCGGCGGCGGCGUUUCUGCCGCCGAUGGCGCCGCAACCGGCCGAUCCGUCCAGCGGCAGUUCGCACUCGUCCGAGGGCAGCGCCUCCUCCCAACACACCUGGUCCUUCGAGGAGCAAUUCAAACAGGUGCGUCAGUUGUACGAAAUAAAUGAUGAUCCGAAGAGGAAGGAGUUUUUAGAUGAUCUCUUCUCGUUCAUGCAGAAACGAGGUACCCCAAUCAACAGACUACCGAUAAUGGCGAAAUCCGUUCUUGAUCUCUACGAAUUGUACAAUUUGGUGAUAGCCAGAGGCGGUCUCGUCGAUGUAAUCAACAAAAAAUUGUGGCAAGAAAUCAUCAAAGGCCUGCACUUACCAUCGUCCAUUACAUCGGCUGCAUUUACCUUAAGAACACAAUACAUGAAAUACCUGUACCCGUACGAAUGCGAAAAACGCCGUCUGAGCACGCCUCAGGAACUGCAAGCGGCCAUCGACGGUAAUCGACGAGAGGGCAGAAGGAGCAGCUACGGCCCGUACGAAUCGGUCCAUCAUCAGCGAUCGCCGAAUACGACGUUGCAAAUGUCGCCUUUAUCGUUGGUCACGCAACAACAACAGGCGGUGGCGGCGGCGCGCAUGAUGGGCGGCGGCGGCGGCAUCAAUUUGCACAACGGCGCCCAUCAUCCUAGUCAUCCGCAACCGUUGGGCCAGCCCAUCAACGGCGGACCUUUACCAGGUCUGGCGCCGAGCGAAUUCGAAGCGCGCAUGCUCGAAUACGUCAAACUGUUGAACAAAGAGAUACGCAACACCGCCGCGACGCCGCCGCGUCCCGGCGAUCUGUCGCCGCCCAACGCGACGUCGCCAUUAAAUCAACUGGAGAUGUCGCGCAUGAACCUCUGGAACCUUUGGAACAACAACCAGCCGGCCGUCGAACCGCAAAAGGAACCCAUCAACCUGUCCGAACCGUCGUCGGCGGUGACGAAGCGCGAACCGGAUUGUCGCGACGCCGCCUCCCAAUCGCCCAAACGCCUGCGCAAAAGCGACGACGACGACGACGACGCCGACGCCGGCGUUCAUUCGGCCGCCGUCAAGCGACUAUCGCCCGCCACCCAUAUCAAAAUCAACAGCAGAGGCGAUGCCAGAAACGGCGACAACUCCCUAGUAGUCAGUAUGGAAUUGAACGGGGUGACCUAUCAAGGGGUGUUGUUCGCCCAAAGCGCUUCGAACGGCAACCGGACGGCGAUGGCGUCCUAAAAGGCGUCGCGACGUCGUUUUCUAUCGUUCACAGCCGGGCGAAUUCGAAGCGUUCGCGCGGUCCGGAACGGUGCCGAUUGUAAUACAGAACCGUUCGGAACUGUGCAAUACUGUACGAGUUCGGAACGGUCCCGGUGUUGUUUGUUAGUAACUCAUCGUGUCGUCUAGUUGGAUGCAAAUUUAGUAGCCGCAAUCGUAACGUGAAUUAAUUUAUUGUAUUUUUUUUUCGUUUUGGUUUUAUUAUGGCAAACUUUUUGACUGUAAAAAUUUUAAGAACUGUCGUUUUAAAUUCGGACUAGGAUUGUUCUAACAAAAAUUACGGGAUUAUUAGGAAUAGUUCUGGAACGGUCCUGUAUACGCGUGAAGUAUUUUUUAAACAUUUUUUUUGUUGUUAUUAAGCUGAUAAAUUUCAACACAAUUUUACCCUUUUCCGUUUUUUUUUUCCUAAAAAUGUUGUAUAUAUUAUACAUAAAUAAUUAGUGAAACAGUAUUUUAGAUUAGUGUGUGUAUGAUUUUUAUGAAUUUUUUUUGUAUAUCUGCCAAAAGACUGUUACUUUAUUAAAUUAUUUAAUAGUUGUAUACAGGGUGUAGCCACGCACGUCUUGUUUCUACUUAAUAUUUAGAAUAAAGUGGCGACACCCUGUAUCGAUACGAGUAUUUAUCGCAAGCUAGAAUAUUUAUAUUUAAAAAAAAAUACAUAAAUGUGUAGCAAUAUUAGAUUGUAAGAUGAAUUUACCGGGGAAUGUCUCCAUUUUUUUUUAAAUUCUCUCGCUAUAGCUAAAACAUUACCUGGUACUGUCACUUACAAAAAAAAACCGCCCCGUUUUUGAUCUGAUAGACUCAGGGAUUUUUUUUGUUUCGUUCAAAUUCAAUUUUCAAACGAAAUCCACACGUUUAUGUAACAUUCAGCGUUGUUUGUUCGACCAUUAUUUCGAUUUUGGAUUAAAUUCUAAAUAAAUUUUUC